AAGAUUAGUUUCAGAGCCCGUGUUCUUUUUAUACAGCUUGUUUGUUGCCAACUCAAAAUGUGUCAUUGUUUUCACCUCAUGUGCAGGUUGUGCUGAGCAGCUGAUUGUCUUCAACACAAAGAUAACUGUCCUGUACGGCAGUUUAUCUGCAGUAUGUCAGAGGAGCGAGGAAAGGGCUUUCUAUCUGAGAUGAGUGUCUCAGAGAAACAGAGGGAAAGAUCUGAGGUUUCCAGCUCUGAGUCUGUAAAAAGUUAUCAGUUGAAAGGUGAUUUACCAGUUUUCAAUGAGGAAACAUCUACCAAAAGUGUAAGAUCAGGUUCACAUGUGUCCAGCUCUGUGUCUGUGAAGAGUGACCGGUCAAAGGGUAAUGUACCGAACUUCCGGGAGGAAACACCAUGUAACAAAAGAUCAGGUUCACAUGUGUCCAGCUCUGUGUCUGUGAAGAGUGACCGUUCAAAAGGAGUCGGAUCGAACUUCCGUGAGAAAACACCAUGUAACAAGAGUGUAAGAUCAGGCUCACUUGUGUCCAGUUCUGUGUCUGUGAAGAGUGACCGAAUAAAAGGAGACGGACCGAACUUUAGAGGGGAAAAAACAUCACCUUCAAAAAGAGUAAAAUCAGGUUCUCAUGUGCUCAGCUCUGUGUCUGUGAAGAGUGACCGUUCAAAGGGUAAUGUACCGAACUUCAGUGAGAAAACACCAUGUAACAAGAGUGUAAGAACAGGGUCACAUAUGUCCAGCAAUGUGUCUGUGAAGAGUGACCGUUCAAAAGGUGGUGGACCGAACUUCAGUGAGAAAAAAACAUCACCUUCAAAAAGUGUAAGAUCAGGUUCACAUGUGUCCAGCUCUGUGUCUGUGAAGAGUGACCGUUCAAAAGGCCACGGACCAAACUUCAGUGAAAAAACACCAUGUAUCAAGAGUAACAAAGGACAGAAGUCCACAGUAAAUAUUGGUGCAGAAAUUACACGGUGGGACGCUCUGAAAGCACAGAAGGGAUUGAAGAGUGAUGUGGAACUGGCAACUUUUCUUCUCAACAGGGUUCAGUUUGAGAAAUCAGAUACAAACUACAAGAAUUACCGCAACCGCAAGAAUUUCCGAGAAAAUCUCCUCUGGAUCUUCAAGGAUCUUGAGAAAAAAAUUAUUGCAUUUCUGAAAAAUGAGCUGGAAAAGUUUAAAAAAAUAUUAAAUAGAGAGAAUACACAGUACUUUGUGCAGGACUUUAUAGAGGAGAUGCGUGAUAUCAAAGAAGCAGCUCUUGAUAUCACACUUUACUUCCUGAGAGAUAUGAAGCAAUAUGAGGCUGCAAAUGCUCUACAAGAUGAGCUGGUCCUCAUUCAUCAGCGACCACUAAAAUCAAACCUGAAGAAGAAAUAUCAAUCUGUAUCUGAAGGAAUUGCAAAGCAUGGUGACUCCAAGUUUCUGAAGAACAUCUACACAGAUCUCUGUAUGACUCUGAGUGUUAGUAAACAAGUUAAUACCCAAAAUGAAGUAGGACAAGUUCAGGCUGCUGAUAGACGACACGAAUCAAAAGAGAUUCCAGUUGAAUGCAAAAAUUUGUUUGAAGCACCUGAACAAGACAAGGAGAUCAGAACUGUACUGACAACAGGCGUUGCUGGGAUCGGAAAAUCCAUCUCUGUGCAAAAGUUUAUUUUGGAUUGGGCUGAUGGUAAAGAAAAUCAGGAUAUUACUUUCAUAUUUCCUCUUGCAUUUCGAGAAAUGAACUUAAAGGAGGAAGAAACACAAAGCUUGACAAGACUUAUAAGUCAGUUUUUCCCAGAGAUAAAAGGUCUAAAUCUUGCAAGAAAUGAUAAAUUCAAAUUACUGUUCAUCCUUGAUGGUUUGGAUGAAUGUCGUCUUCCUCUGAAAUUUGAGGGUAAUGAGACUUGUCGUGAUGUAACAUCACAAGUCUCUCUGGAUGUUCUCCUCACAAACCUCAUCAAGGGAAAUCUGCUUCCUUCUGCUCUCAUCUGGAUCACCACCAGACCAGCAGCUGCCAGUAAGAUUCCUCCUGACUGUGUUGACCGCAUGACAGAACUACAAGGAUUCAAUGAUGCACAAAAGGAGGAGUACUUCAGAAAAAGAUUCACAGAUGGGGAUCUGGCCAGUGAAAUUAUUGAUAAUGUUAAACAAUCAAAGACUCUUUUUAUCAUGUGCUACAUCCCAGUCUUUUGCUGGAUUACAGCCACUGUUCUCCAGAACAUUUUAGAGGAGAAAAGAAAUAAUGAUGUGAGAAAUACUAAAGACACUCCUAAGACUCUGACACAAAUGUACACACACUUUGUCCGCUUUCAGAUGCUGCAGAGCAGACGAAAGUAUGAUGGAGAAUACACACCAGAUGUUUACUGGGAUAAAGACACCAUGCUUUCACUGGGGAAACUGGCAUUUCAUCAAAUGCAGAGAAACAAUCUGCUCUUUUAUGACACAGAUCUGGAAUCCUGUGAUAUUGAUAUAUCUAAAGCAUCAGUGUAUUCAAGCAUGUGUACCCAGAUCUUUAAGGAGGAAAAAGGGAUCAUUCUUGGUACCACUUUCUGCUUUGUUCACUUGAGCAUUCAAGAGUUCAUUGCAGCCCUUUAUGCACAUCUGUUUCUAGACAUUCACAAGAAAAUUGUGUUUAAUCAACAUGAGUCUACAGAACAGAAAAAGAAAAAUGAAACCAUGAUUGAUUUGCUCAAGACUGCAGUGAACAAGGCACUUGAGAGUGAAACUGGACACCUGGAUCUUUUCCUUCGCUUUCUUCUUGGUCUGUCACUCCAGACCAAUCAUCCACUCUUACGAGGUCUGUUGACAGAGCAAGACAACAAUGACGACUACAAGGAAAUAGUUCAGUACAUCAAGGAUAAAUUAGAAGCCAAUCUUUCUCCAGAGAGAUCCAUCAAUCUGUUCUACUGUCUGAAUGAACUGAAUGAUCAAACUCUGGUAAAAGAGAUUCAGAAUCAACUUCGAGAAGGAGGUCUCUCAUCUGCUGAUCUUUCACCUGGUCAGUGGUCUGCUGUGGCCUUUGUUUUGUUGACAUCAGAGGAAGAGAUGAAGGAGUUUGAGCUUCAGAAGUUCAAGCAAUCAGAUGAGUGUCUCUUUAGGCUACUGGAAGUUGUGAAAAUCUCCAAAAGAGCUGUGCUAAAUGAUUGUAACUUAACAGAUGAGAGCUGUUCAAAUUUGGCUAAAGCUCUCGGAUCAGAUAACAAUCUGAUAGAGGUGAAUAUGAGCAAUAAUAAUCUAAAGGAUUCAGGAGUAAAGCAGCUCUGCAUUGGACUGGGGAAUAUUACGUGUAAACUGGAGAUACUGAAGCUUAGUAACUGUGAUCUAACAGAAGAAAGCUGUUCAGCUCUUGCUUCAGUUCUCAGCUCAGACUCCAGCAGUCUGAAGGAACUUGAUCUGAGCAAUAAUAAUCUUCAGGAUUCAGGAGUGACGCUGCUCUCUGAUGGACUGAAAGAGAACUGUAAACUGGAGAAACUCAGACUUUCAGACUGUGGUAUCACUGAAGAAGGUUAUAAAGCUCUGGCUUCAGCUCUGAGAUCAAACCCUUCACACCUGAUAGAGCUGGAUCUUACAGGAAAUGAUCCUGGUGAAUCAGGAGUGAAGGAGCUCAAUGAUUUACUACAGGAUCCAAACUGUAAACUGAAGACACUGAGGUUUUUGGGUCCUGCUGCAGAAGAAGCCUGUCAGUAUGUGACUGGAGUUGUGGGUGAAAAUCCGUUACUUCUGAGAGAACUGGAUCUGAGUGAACAUAAACUAGACUUGAAUCGGCUCGCUCCUCUACUGCAGGAUAAACACUGUAAACUGAACAAACUGGUUCUGAAUAAUAGCUAUAUCACAGACGAAGAUUGUCGUGUACUGGCUGAAGCUUUGAAUUCAAACCCUUCAAAUUUGAAAGAGCUGGAUUUGACUGGGACUAAACUCAGAGACACAGGAAUGAAGAUCUUCUCGACUCUGUUUGAGAAUAAACAAUGUAGACUGGAAAAGCUUAAGUUUAAUUGUAUCUGUAUUACAGAAGAGGGUUGUGCUGCUCUGACUGCAGCAUUUAAUUCAAACCCUUCAAACCUGAUAGAGCUGGAUCUGAGUGAGACUUCACUAGGAGACCCUGGAGUAGCAGAAAUCUCCAAAUUACUGGGAAAUUCACUAUUCACACUAAAGAUACUCAGAAUGUCAAACUGCAGUAUCACAGAAGAAGGUUAUCUAGCUCUGGCUUCAGCUCUGAGAUCAAACCCUUCACACCUGAUAGAGCUGGAUCUCACAGGAAAUGAUCCUGGACAAUCAGGAGUGAAGGAGCUUCUUGAUUCUGUAAAGGAUCCAGAGUGUAAACUAAAACUGAGGUUUUUGGGUCCUGAUGCAGAAGAAGCCUGUCAGUAUGUGAAUAGACUUGUGGGUAAAAACCUGUUACUCCUGAGAGAACUGAAUCUGAGUGGAAGUAGACUAGAAGACUCAAAUUUGAAGAAUCUUGCUGCUCUACUGCAGGAUAAACACUGUAAACUCAACACACUGAAGAUGAAUAAAAACAGUAUUACAGAAGAAGGUUGUGCGGCUCUGACUUCAGCAUUUAAUUCAAAUCCUUCAAACCUGAUAGAGCUGGAUCUGAGUGGAAAUAAACUCGGAAAGUCAGGAAUAGAGAAUAUUUGUUUGCUUUUGAAGAAUCCACAAUGCAAAUUGGAGAAACUGAAACUUUCACACUGCAGUAUCACUGGAGAAAGUUAUGAAACCUUGACCUCAGCUCUGAAAUCAAACCCUUCACGCCUGAUGGAGCUGGAUCUCAAAGGAAACUAUCCUGGAGAAUCAGGAUUAAAGUGGUUUUUUAAUUUACUAGGAAGUGGAAAGCGUUAUUUAAUGAACAUCAGCUUUUUGGCAAGUCCUGAUGCAGAGGAGGCGUAUCAGUAUCUUACUAAAGUCCUGGGUACAAAUCCUUUACUACUCCAAGAACUGGAUCUAAGCACAAUUAAACUUGGAGACCAAGACUGGGAGAAACUCUCAGCACUUUUGAGGGACUCUUAUUGCAUAACAAAGAAAAUAAAGCUGAAUAAUUGUGAGCUGACAGAGAAGAGCUGUUCAGUUCUAGCUACUGUUCUCUCCUCCAAAACCAUCCUGAAAGAGAUGAACCUGAACAACAGCCGUCUGCUGGACUCAGGAGUCAAAGUGAUCUGUGAGGGACUGAAGAAAUCUAAGCUUGAAAUACUAAAACUUUCAGACUGCAGUAUCACUGAAGAAGGUUAUAAAGCUCUGGCUUCAGCUCUGAGAUCAAACCCUUCACACCUGAUAGAGCUGGAUCUCACAGGAAAUGAUCCUGGACAAUCAGGAGUGAAGGAGCUCAAUGAUUUACUACAGGAUAAAAACUGUCAACUGAAGACACUGAGGUUUUUGGGUCCUGAUGCAGAUGAAGCCUGUCAGUAUGUGACUAGAAUUGUGGGUAAAAACCCGUUACUCCUGAGAGAGCUGAAUCUGAGUGAACGUAAACCAGACUUAAAAAAGCUUGCUGCUUUACUGAAGGAUAAACACUGUCAACUCGACACACUCAAACUGAAUAAUAACAAUAUUAGAGCAGAAGGUUGUGCUGCUCUGAUCUCAGCAUUGAAUUCAAACCCCUCAAACCUGAAAGAGCUGGAUCUGAGUGGAAAUAAACUAGGAGACUCUGGAAUUAGGAAUAUAGCUCCUCUGCUAAAAAAUAUGCAAUGCAGAAUGGAGAAAUUGAAAUUCAGAGGCUGUGAUAUGAAAGAUGAAGGUUGUUCAGCUCUGGCUUCAGCUCUGAAAUCAAACCCAUCACACCUGAGAGAACUGGACCUGAGUGGAAAUUUAUUAGGAAAGUCUGGAGUUGAAAACCUUGGUGUUGUACUGAGCAACUCACUGUUCAAGCUGGAAAUACUUUAUCUAUGUGGUUGCAAAAUUAAAGAGGAAGAGUGUCUCAUCCUGACUUCAGCUCUGAAAUCAAACCCAUCACACCUGAAAGAGCUGAACCUGAGUGAUAAUCAACUAGGAGACUCUGGAGUGAAAAACCUCAAGGAUUUACUGAUGAACCCACAAUGCAAACUUGGAAAACUAGCUCUGUGUGGGACCAGUAUUACAGAGAAACAGUGUCUCAUCCUGACUUCAGCGCUGAAAUCAAACCCUUCACACCUGAGAGAACUGGACCUCAGUGGGAAUAAAAUAGAAAACAAAGGAGUGAAUCACUUAUGUGACAUACUGAAGGAUUCACACUGUAAACUGGAGAGAUUGAGGUUCAGUGGCUGUGAAAUGACAGAUGAAGGUUGUUCUGCUGUGACUUCAGCUCUGAAAUCAAACCCAUCACACCUGAGAGAACUGGACCUCAGUGGAAAUGUAUUUAAACACACAAGAGUGAAUACAUUUUAUGAUAUACUGAAGGAUCCAUGCUUUAAACUGGAGAGAUUGAGGUUAAGGUCUUGUGAUAUAAAAGCUGAUGAUUGUUCAACUCUGACUUCAGCUCUGAAAUCAAACCCAUCACAACUGAGAGAACUGGACCUGAGUGGAAAUGAACUUGGAGACUCUGGAGUGAAAAACAUCAGUGAUCUACUGAUGAACCCACAAUGCAAACUGGAAAUACUCAAUCUGUGUGGUUGCAGUAUUACAGAGAAACAGUGUCUCAUCCUGACUUCAGCUCUGAAAUUAAACCCAUCACACCUGAGAGAACUGGACCUGAGUGACAAUAUGCUACAAAACAGAGGAGUGAAGAUCUUAUGUGACGUACUGAAGGAUUCAGACUGUAAACUGGAGAGAUUGAGGUUAAUACGCUGUGAUAUGACAGAUGAAGCUUGUUCUGCUCUGACUUCUGCUCUGAAAUCAAACCCAUCACACCUGAGAGAACUGGACCUCAGUAGAAAUCAACUAGGAGUUGAAAACCUUGAUGUUCUGCUGAGGAACCCAGAAUUCAAUCUGGAAAUACUAGCUCUGUGUGGAUGCAGUAUUACAGAGAAACAGUGUCUCAGUCUAAGUUCAGCUCUGCGUUCAAACCUUUCACAUCUGCGAGAGCUGGACCUCAGUGAAAACGAACUAAAAAACACAGGAGUGAAUCACUUAUGUGACACACUGAAGGAUUCACACUGUAAACUGGAGAGACUGAGGUUAGGAUGCUGUGAUAUGACAGAUGAAGGUUGUUCUGCUCUGACUUCAGCUCUGAAAUCAAACCCAUCACAUCUAAGAGAACUGGACAUGAGUGGAAAUCAACUAGGAGACUCGGGAGUGAAACACCUCUGUGAUCUACUGAUGAACCCACAAUGCAAGCUGGAAAUACUAGCUCUGUGUGGAUGCAGAAUUACAGAGAAACAGUGUCUCAUCCUGAUUCUAGGUCUGUGUUCAAAUCCAUCACAUCUGAGAGAGCUGGACCUCAGUGAGAAUCAAAUGAAAAACACAGGAGUGAAUCACUUACGUGACGUACUGAAGGAUUUACACUGUAAACUGAAGAGACUGAGGUUAAGAUCCUGCGAUAUAACAGAUGACGGUUGUUCUGUUCUAACUUCAGCUCUGAAUUCAAACCCAUCACACCUGAGAGAACUGGACCUUAGUAGAAAUAAAGUAAAAAACAAAGGAGUGAAGCACUUAUGUGACAUACUGAAGAAUUUAGACUGUAAACUGGAGAGAUUGAGGUUAAGAGGCUGUGAUAUGACAGAUGAAGGAUGUUCUGCUCUGACUUCAGCUCUGAAAUCAAACCCAUCACAUCUGAGAGAACUGGACCUGAGUGAGAAUAAACUAGGAGACUCUGGAUUUGAAAACAUUAGCAAUCUACUGAUGAUCCCACAAUGCAAGCUGGAAAUACUAGCACUGUGUAAAUGCAGUAUUAAAGAGAAGCAGUGUGUCUUCCUGACUUCAGCUCUGAAAUCAAACCCAUCACACCUGAGAGAACUGGACCUCAGUGGAAAUGUACUUAAACACACAAGAGUGAAUAAAUUUUAUGAUAUACUGAAGGAUUCACGAUUAAAACUGGAAAGAUUGAGGUUAAGGUACUGUGCAAUAAAAGCUGAAGAUUGUUCAGCUCUGACUUCUGCUCUGAAAUCAAAGUCAUCAAACCUGAGAGAGCUGGCCUUGAGUGGGAAUGAACUUGGCCAGAUGGGAGCAACACACCUCUGUGAUAUACUGAUGAAUCCACAAUGCAAGCUGGAAAAACUAGAUCUAUGUAGAUGCAGUAUUACAGAGAAACAGUGUAUCAUCUUGACUUCAGCUCUGAAAUCAAACCCAUCACACCUGAGAGAGCUGAACCUCAGUGUGAAUCAACUAGGAGACUCUGGAGUUGAAAGCCUUGGAGUUCUGUUGGGCAGUUCAGAAUGCAAACUGGAAAAAAUACAACUGUGUAAAUGCAGUAUUAAAGAGAAGCAGUGUGUCUUCCUGACUUCAGCUCUGAAAUCAAACCCAUCACACCUGAGAGAACUGGACCUCAGUGGAAAUGUACUUAAACACAAAAGAGUGAAUAAAUUUUAUGAUAUACUGAAGGAUUCACGAUUAAAACUGGAAAGAUUGAGGUUAAGGUACUGUGCUAUAAAAGCUGAAGAUUGUUCAGCUCUGACUUCAGCUCUGAAAUCAAACCCAUCACACCUGAGAGAGCUGGCCUUGAGUGGGAAUGAACUUGGCCAGUUGGGAGCAACAAACCUCUGUGAUCUAUUGAUGAACUCACAAUGCAAGCUGGAAAAGCUAGAUUUGUGUAGAUGCAGUAUUACAGAGAAACAGUGUCUCAUCUUGACUUCAGCUCUGAAAUCAAAUCCAUCACACCUGAGAGAGCUGAACCUCAGUGUGAAUCAACUAGGAGACUCUGGAGUUGAAAACCUUGGUUUUCUGUUGAGCAGUUCGCAAUGCAAGCUGAAAAAACUACAUCUGUGUGAAUGCGGUAUUACAGAGAAACAGUGUUUCAUCCUGACUUCAGCUCUGAUAUCAAACCCAUCACAUCUGAGAGAACUGGAUCUCAGUGAGAAUGAACUCGGAGACUCUGGAGUGAAAAACCUCAGUGAUCUACUGAUGAACGCACAAUGCAAGCUGGAAAAACUGAAUCUGUGUGGAUGCAGUAUUACAGUGAAACAGUGUCUCAUCCUGACUUCUGCUCUGAAAUCAAACCCAUCACACCUGAGAGAACUGAACCUGAGUGGAAAUCAACUAGGAGACUCUGGAUUUGAAAACCUCAGUGAUCUUCUUAUGAACCCACAAUUCAAGCUGGAGAAGCUACAUCUGUGGAGAUGCAGUAUUACAGAGAAACAGUGUCUCAUCCUGACUUCAGCUCUGAAAUCAAACCCAUCAUAUCUGAGAGAGCUGAACCUCAGUGGGAAUGAAAUAAAAAAUGCUGGAGUGAAUCCCUUAUGUGACAUACUGAAGGAUUCACACUGUAAACUGGAGAGAUUGAGGCUUUCAGACUGCAGUAUCACUGAAGAAGGUUAUAAAGCUCUGGCUUCAGCUCUGAGAUCAAACCCUUCACACCUGAUAGAGCUGGAUCUGACAGGAAAUGAUCCUGGACAAUCAGGAGUGAAGAAGCUCAGUGAUUUACUACAGGAUGAUUCCUGUAAAUUAAAGAUCAUCAGGUUUCUGAAAAGUCCUGCUGCACAGGAUGUGUGUGAUUAUCUCACCAAAGUUCUGGGUAAAAGUCCAUUAGUUGUGACAGAACUGGAUCUGAGUGAAGAUAAAAUUGGAGAUUUGGAUUGGGAGAAGCUCUCUGCUCUUUUGGUGGACUCUCAUUGCAAACUGGAGAAAAUAAAGCUGAAUAAUUGUGAGCUGACAGAGAAAAGCCAUUCAGUUCUAGGUACUGUUCUCUCCUCCAAAACCAUCCUGAAAGAGUUGAACCUGAACAACAGCUGUCUGCUGAACUCAGGAGUCAAAGUGAUCUGUGAGGGAUUGAAGAAUCCUGUGUGUGAGCUGGAGAUACUCAAACUUUCAGACUGCAGUAUCACUGAAGAAGGUUAUAAAGCUCUGGCUUCAGCUCUGAGAUCAAACCCUUCACACCUGAAAGAGCUGGAUCUCACAGGAAAUGAUCCUGGACAAUCAGGAGUGAAGGAGUUCAAUGAUUUACUACAGAAUCCAAACUGUCAGCUGAAGACACUGAGGUUUUUGGGUCCUGCUGCAGAUGAAGCCUGUCAGUAUGUGAGUGGAAUUGUUGGUAAAAACCCGUUACUUCUGAGAGAGCUUAAUCUGAGUGAAUGUGAACUAGGAGACACACGAUUGAAUCAGAUCGCUGCUCUGCUGCAGGAUAAACACUGUCAACUUAAAACACUACAGCUGUGCAAUUGUGGUCUAACAGAGGAAAGCUGCUUAGUUCUCGCUACAGUCCUGAGAUCAAACUCCAGUCUGAAAGAACUUGACAUGGGCAACAAUAAUCUGCAGGAUUCAGGAGUGAAGAAACUUCAGAGCGGAUUAGAAGACACAAACUGCACACUCACAAAACUAAGACUUUCAGACUGCAGUAUCACUGAAGAAGGUUAUAAAGCUCUGGCUUCAGCUCUGAGAUCAAACCCUUCACACCUGAUAGAGCUGGAUCUCAGAGGAAAUGAUCCUGGACAAUCAGGAGUGAAGCAGCUCAAUGAUUUAUUAAUAGAUCCAAACUUUCAACUGAAGACACUGAGGUUUCUGAAAAGUCCUGCUGCACAGGAAGCAUGUGAUUAUCUCACUGAAGUUUUAGGUACAAGUCCAUUAUUACUGAAAGAACUGGAUCUGAGUGAAGAUAAAUUAGGAGACCUGGAUGGGUGGAAACUCUCUGCUCUUUUGAUGGACUCACAUAGCAAACUGGAGAAAAUUAAUCUGAGUAAUUGUAAGCGAACAGAGAAAAUCUGUUCAGUUCUAGCUACUGUUCUCUCCUCCAAAACCACCCUGAAAGAGAUAAACCUGAACAACAGUCGUCUGCUGGACUCAGGAGUCAAAGAGAUCUGUGAGGGACUAAAGAAUCCAGUGUGUGAGCUGAAGAUACUCAAACUUUCAGACUGCAGUAUCACUGAAGAAGGUUAUACAGCUUUGGCUUCAGCUCUGAGAUCAAACCCUUCACACCUGAUAGAGCUGGAUCUCACAGGAAAUGAUCCUGGACAAUCAGGAGUGAAGGAGCUCAGUGAUUUACUACAGGAUGAUUCCUGUCAAUUAAAGAUCAUCAGGUUUCUAAAAAGUCCUGCUGCACAGGAAGCAUGUGAUUAUCUCAUUAAAGUUCUAGGAACAAGUCCAUUAGUACUGAAAGAACUGGAUCUGAGUGAAGAUAAAAUUGGAGAUCUGGACUGGGAGAAACUAUCUGCUCUUUUGACAGACUCUCAUAGCAAACUGGAGAAAAUUAAGCUGAAUAAUUGUGAGCUGACAGAGAAAAGCUGUUCAGUUCUAGCUACUGUUCUCUCCUCCAAAACCAUCCUGAAAGAAAUGAACCUGAACAACAGCCGUCUGCUGGACUCAGGAGUCAAAGAGAUCUGUGAGGGACUGAAGAAUCCUGUGUGUGAGCUGGAGAUACUCAAACUUUCAAACUGCAGUAUCACUGAAGAAGGUUAUAAAGCUCUGGCUUCAGCUCUGAAAUCAAACCCUUCACACCUGAUAGAGCUGGAUCUCACAGGAAAUGAUCCUGGACAAUCAGGAGUGAACGAGCUCAGUGAUUUACUACAGGAUCCAAACUGUCAGCUGAAGACACUGAGGUUGUUACAAAGUCCUGAUGCAGAAGAAGCCUGUAAAUAUCUGACUGAAGUUCUUCACAAUAAAAACCCAUUACUCCUGAGAGAACUGAAUCUGAGUGAAUGUGAUCUAGAAGACACACGAGUGAAUCAGAUCGCUGCUCUACUGCAGGAUAAACACUGUAAAUUCAACACACUGACUCUUGAUAACAGCGAUAUCACAGAAGAAGAAUGUUGUGUUCUGACUCAAGCUUUAAAUUCAAACCCUUCAAAUCUGACAGAACUGAAUCUGAGUGAAACUAAACUCAGAAACUCAGGAAUGAAGAUCUUCUCAACUCUGUUUAAGAAUGAACAGUGUAGACUGAAAACGCUGAAGUUUAAUUGCAUCAGUAUUACAGAAGAAGGUUGUGCUGCUCUGGCGUCAGCAUUCAAUUCAAAUCCUUCAAACCUGAUCGAGCUGGAUCUGAGUGGAAAUAAACUAGAAAACUCUGGAGUGACUCAAAUCUCCACUCUACUGGGAAAUUCUCAGUGCACACUGCAGAUACUCAGACUCUCAGACUGCAGUAUCACAGAAGAAGGUUAUAAAGCUCUGGCUUCAGCUCUAAGAUCAAACCCUUCACACCUGAUAGAGCUGGAUCUCACAGGAAAUGAUCCUGGACAAUCAGGAGUGAAGGAGCUCAGUGAUUUACUACAGGAUCCAAACUAUUCACUGAAGACACUGAGGUUUUUGAAAAGUCCUGCUGCAGAGGAAGCAUGUGAAUAUCUUACUAAAGUUCUGAGUGAAAGUCCAUUACUUCUGACAGAACUGGAUCUGAGUGAAAAUAAAUUAGGAGAUCUGGAUUGGGAGAAAUUCUCAGCUCUUUUGAUGGACUCUCAUAGCAAACUGGAGAAAAUCAAGUUGAAUAAUUGUGAGCUGACAGAGAAAAGCUGUUCAGUUCUAGCUACUGUUCUCUCCUCCAAAACCAUCCUGAAAGAAAUGAACCUGAACAACAGCCGUCUGCUGGACUCAGGAGUCAAAGUGAUCUGUGAGGGACUGAAGAAUCCUGUGUGUGAGCUGAAGAUACUCAAGCUCAGUAACUGUGAUCUAAAUGAGGAAAGCUGUUCAGCUCUCACUUCAGUUCUCAGUUCAGACUCCAGCAGUCUGAGGGAUCUUGAUCUGAGCAAUAAUAAUCUGCAGGAUUUAGAAGUGAAGCUGCUCUCUGAUGGACUGAAAGAGAACUGUAAGCUAGAGAAACUCAGUCUUUCAGACUGCAGUAUCAGUGAAGAAGGUUAUAAAGCUCUGGCUUUAGCUCUGAGAUCAAACCCUUCACACCUGAUAGAGCUGGAUCUCACAGGAAAUGAUCCUGGACAAUCAGGAGUGAAGGAGCUCAGUGAUUUACUACAGGAUGCAAACUAUUCACUGAAAACUCUAAGGUUUUUGGGUUCUGCUGCAGAUGAAGCCUGUCAGGAUGUGAAUAGAGUUCUGGGUGAAAACCUGUUACUCCUGAGAGAACUGAAUCUGAGUGAACUUAAACAAGAACAUAAUGGAUUAAUGAAACUUGCUAUGGUACUGCAGGACAAACACUGUAAACUCAACACACUGAUUCUGAAUAACAGCGAUAUCACAGAAGAAGAUUGUCAUAUUCUGACUCAAGCUUUAACUUCAAACCCUUCAAAUCUGACAGAACUGAAUCUAAAUGAAACUAAACUCAGAAACUCAGGAAUGAAGAUCUUCUCGACUCUGUUUAAGAAUAAACAGUGUAGACUGAAAAAACUGAAGUUUAAUUUCAUCAGUAUUACAGAAGAAGGUUGUGCUGCUCUGGCGUCAGCAUUCAAUUCAAAUCCUUCAAACCUGAUCGAGCUGGAUCUGAGUGGAAAUAAACUAGAAAACUCUGGAGUGACUCAAAUCUCCACUCUACUGGGAAAUUCUCAGUGCACACUGCAGAUGCUCAGACUUUCAGACUGCAGUAUCACAGAAGAAGGUUAUAAAGCUCUGGCUUCAGCUCUGAGAUCAAACCCUUCACACCUGAUAGAGCUGGAUCUCACAGGAAAUGAUCCUGGACAAUCAGGAGUGAAGGAGCUCAGUGAUUUACUACAGGAUCAAAACUGUCAACUGAAGACACUGAGGUUUUUGAGAAGUCCUGCUGCAGAUGAAGCCUGUCAGUUUGUGACUGGAAUUGUGGGUAAAAACCCGUUACUCCUGAGAGAACUGAAUCUGAGUGAACGUGAACUAGGAGACACACGAGUGAAUCAGAUCGCUGCGCUACUGCAGGAUAAACACUGUAAACUCAACACACUGAUACUGAAAAAUAACAGUAUUACAGAAGAAGGUUGUGUUGCUCUGACUUCAGCGUUUAAUUCAAAUCCUUCAAACCUGAUAGAGCUGGAUCUGAGUGGAAAUAAACUAGGAGACUCGGGAAUACAGAAGAUCUGUCUUCUGUUGAAAAGCACAGAAUGCAAAUUGGAAAAACUAAAAGUUUCAAACUGCAGUAUCACUGAAGAAGGUUAUAAAGCUCUGGCUUCAGCUCUGAGAUCAAACCCUUCACACCUGAUAGAGCUGGAUCUCACAGGAAAUGAUCCUGGACAAUCAGGAGUGAAGGAGCUCAGUGAUUUACUACAGGAUCCAAACUAUUCACUGAAGACCAUCAGGUUUUUGAAAAGUUCUGCUGCAGCGGAAGCGUGUGAGUAUCUCACUAAAGUACUGGGUAAAAGUCCAUUACUUCUGACAGAACUAGAUCUGGGUGAAGAUAAAUUAAGAGACCAUGAUGGAGAGAAGCUCUCUGCUCUUUUAAUGGACUCUCAUAGCAAACUGGAGAAAAUGAAGCUGAAUAAUUGUAAGCUGACAGAGAAAAGCUGUUCAGUUCUAGCUACUGUUCUCUCCUCCAAAACCAUCCUGAAAGAGAUGAACCUGAACAACAGUCGUCUGCUGGACUCAGGAGUCAAAGUGAUCUGUGAGGGACUGAAGAAUCCUGUGUGUGAGCUGGAGAUACUCAAGCUCAGUAACUGUGAUCUAAAUGAGGAAAGCUGUUCAGUUCUUGCUUCAGUUCUCAGUUCAGACUCCAGCAGUCUGAGGGAUCUUGAUCUGAGCAAUAAUAGUCUGGAAGAUUCAGGAGUCAGGCUGCUCUCUGAUGGACUGAAAAAGAACUGUAAGCUAGAGAAACUCAGACUCUCAGACUGCAGUAUCACUGAAGAAGGUUAUAAAGCUCUGGCUACAGCUCUAAAAUCAAACUCGCACCUGAUAGAGCUGGAUCUCACAGGAAAUGAUCCUGGUGAAUCAGGAGUGAAGGAGCUCAGUGAUUCACAAAAGGGAGGGUGGUUUACAUCAAAAACACUGAAAACUCUGAGGUUUUUGGGUCCUGCUGCAGAAGAAGCCUGUCAGUAUGUGAAAAGAAUUGUGGGUAAAAACAUGUUACUCCUGAGAGAGCUGAAUCUGAGUAAAUGUGAGUUGCGAGUGAAUCAGAUCACUGCUCUACUGCAGGACAAACACUGUAAACUCAACACACUGAUUCUGAAUAACAGUGAUAUCACAGAAGAAGAUUGUCAUAUUCUGACUGAAGCUUUAAAUUCAAACCCUUCAAAUCUGACAGAACUGAAUCUGAGUGAAACUAAACUCAGAAACUCAGGAAUGAAGAUCUUCUCAACUCUGUUUAAGAAUAAACAGUGUAGACUGAAAACGCUGAAGUUUAGUUCCAUCUGUAUUACUGAAAAAAGUUGUUCUGUUCUAGUAUCAGCAUUCAAUUCAAAUCCUUCAAACCUGACUGAGCUGGAUCUGAGUGGAAAUGAACUUGGAGACUCUGGAGUGACUCAAAUCUCCAGUCUACUGAGAAAUGUACAGUGUUCACUGCAGAUAUUAAGUCUUUCAGACUGCAGUAUAACUGAAGAAGGUUAUAAAGCUCUGGCUUCCGCUCUGAGAUCAAACCGUUCACACCUGAUAGAGCUGGAUCUCACAGGAAAUGAUCCUGGACAAUCAGGAGUGAAGGAGCUCAGUGAUUUACUACAGGAUGAACAGUGUUCAUUAAAAACCAUUAGGUUUUUGAAAAGUCCUGCUGCACAGGAAGCAUGUGAUUAUCUCACUAAAGUUCUGGGUAAAAGUCCAUUAUUACUGACAGAACUGGAUCUGAGUGAAGAUAAAUUAGGAGAUCUGGAUGGAAAGAAGCUCUUUGCUCUUUUGAUGGACUCUCACAGCAAAGUGGAGAAAAUAAAGCUGAAUAAUUGUAAGCUGACAGAGAAAAGCUGUUCAGUUCUAGCUACUGUUCUCUCCUCCAAAACCAUCCUGAAAGAGAUGAACCUGAACAACAGCCGUCUGCUGGACUCAGGAGUCAAAGAGAUCUGUGAGGGACUGAAGAAUCCUGUGUGUGAGCUGAAGAUACUCAAACUUUCAGACUGCAGUAUCAGUGAAGAAGGUUAUAAAGCUCUGGCUUCAGCUCUGAGAUCAAACCGUUCACACCUGAUAGAGCUGGAUCUCACAGGAAAUGAUCCUGGACAAUCAGGAGUGAAGGAGCUCAGUGAUUUACUACAGGAUCCAAACUGUCAGCUGAAGACACUGAGGUUGUUAAAAAAUUCUGCUGCAGAUGAAGCCUGUCAGUAUGUCAUUAAACAUCUGGGGAAAAACCCGUUACUCCUGAGAGAGCUGAAUCUGAGUGAACAUGAACUAGGAGACACACGAGUGAAUCAGAUCACUGCUUUACUGCAGGAUAAACACUGUAAACUCAACACACUGACUCUGCGUAGAUGCAGUAUUACAGAGAAACAGUGUAUCAUCCUGACUUGUGCUCUGUGUUCAAACCUUUCUCAUCUGAGAGAACUGGACCUGAGUGGAAAUAAAAUAGAAAACAAAGGAGUGAAGCAUGUCUCUGAAACACUGAGGGAUGUACGCUGUAAACUGGAGAGAUUGAGGUUAAGAUACUGUGAUAUGACAGAUGAAGGUUGUUCUGCUGUGACUUCAGCUCUGAAAUCAAACCCAUCACAUCUGAGAGAACUGGACCUCAGUGAGAAUAAACUAGGAGACUCUGGAGUGAAAAACCUCUCUGAUCUACUGAUGAACCCACAAUUCAAGCUGGAAAUACUAGCUCUGUGUGAAUGCAGUAUUAAAGAGAAGCAGUGUGUCUUCCUGACUUCAGCUCUGAAAUCAAACCCAUCACACCUGAGAGAACUGGACCUCACAGGAAAUGUACUUAAACACACAAGAGUGAAAACAUUUUAUGAUAUACUGAAGGAUUCACGCUUUAAACUGGAGAGAUUGAGGUUAAGGUCUUGUGAUAUAAAAGCUGAAGAUUGUUCAGCUCUGGCUUCAGCUCUGAAAUCAAACCCAUCACACCUGAGAGAACUGGACCUGAGUGGGAAUGAACUUGGAGACUCUGGAGUUGAAAACCUUUGUGUUCUGUUGAGCAGUUCACAAAGCAAGCUGGAGAAACUACAUCUGCGUAGAUGCAGUAUUACAGAGAAACAGUGUAUCAUCCUGACUUCAGCUCUGUGUUCAAACCUUUCACACCUGAGAGAACUGGACCUGAGUGGAAAUAAAAUAGAAAACACAGGAGUGAAGCAUGUCUCUGAAACACUGAGGGAUGUACGCUGUAAACUGGAGAGAUUGAGGUUAAGAUUCUGUGAUAUGACAGAUGAAGGUUGUUCAGCUCUGACUUCAGCUCUGAAAUCAAACCCAUCACAUCUGAGAGAACUGGACCUCAGUGAGAAUGAACUUGGAGACUCUGGAGUGAAAAGCCUCUCUGAUCUACUGAUGAACACACAAUUCAAGCUGGAAAUACUAGCUCUGUGUGGAUGCAGUAUUACAGAGAAACAGUGUCUCUUCCUGACUACAGCUCUAAAAUCAAACCCAUCACACCUGAGAGAACUGAACCUGAGUCAGAAUAAAAUAGAAAACAAAGGAGUGAAUCACUUAUGUGACGUACUGAAGGAUUCACACUGUAAACUGGAGAGAUUGAGUCUAAAUGACUGUAGCAUUACAGAUGUUUCUUCUUUAACUCGAUCUUUGGCUAAAACAAAAGCACUGCAGUUUUUAAAAGAGCUUGAUCUGAGUAAUAAUAAAAUAGGAGACUCAAAGCAGAAGCUCAUUGAUGUGCUAAGAGACUCAAACUGUGAACUGAGUCUGGAGAAAGAACAGGUGCUUGGGAGAACUGUUGUUAACUACUUUAGUAGUUUAGGUGGAUGGAGACCUUGGUCUAAAGCUCCGGAGGAUCCUGUGAAAUCAACAGAACAACACAAGUCAUGAUCAGAUGAGGAAUCCUCAGAAGGUGAAACGGAGGGAAUAGAGUCUGAUGAGCGCUCAGAAGAGCUGGAUUAUUAAGAAUACAAGUCUAGUAUAAGACCUUCAUCAUGAUGUCAAGAUUAAACUAAGUUAUUAAAAUUAAGUUAUUAAAAUAUUGCUGAUCAUGACUGUGAAUGUAAUUUAGCACUUCUAUAUCAAACGACAGAAACUGAAAGUAUAAAAUUAAAAUGUAAUUAAUAUGGGCUAGAUGUAGACAGAUUCAAAUCAGUGAUCUAUAAUGGAGUCAUUUUAAA